CGGGCACUCGCCCCAACGGGGGCCGAGGCUGGCGGGAGCGGGGCAGCAGCUAUGAUGUCGACCUACAAGCGGGCGACGUUGGACGAUGAAGACCCCCUGGACUCUAUCAGCGAAGGCGAUGGGUACCCCAACGGCUUCCAGGUAAACUUUCGUGGCUCAAGGAGCAGCCUGGGGUGCUGGGCUGAGCGGACGCGCGCCGAGAAGCAGCUCGUGGUGCUGGUGGGGGUGCUGGCGGCUGUGCUGGUGGGGUGUCUGCUGGGUCUCAUCUUCCAGUACAGAGCCCGGCCGCCUGCCGUGUGCCUGUCAGAAGCCUGCAUCUCCGUCACCAGCUCCAUCCUCAGCUCGCUGGACCGGGCAGUGAAUCCCUGUGAGGAUUUUUUCAGCUAUGCUUGCGGGGGCUGGAUCAAGGCCAACCCCCUUCCCGAUGGCCACUCGCGCUGGGGCACCUUCAACAACCUCUGGGAGCACAACCAGGCCAUCAUGAAGCAUCUGCUGGAAAACACCACGGCCAAUGUGUCCAGUGAGGCGGAGCGCAAGGCGCAGCGUUAUUAUCAAGCCUGCAUGAACGAGAGCAAGAUCGAGGAGCUGCGCGCCGCCCCGCUCAUGGAGCUCAUCCAAAAGCUGGGUGGCUGGAACAUCACGGGUCCCUGGGCAAGGGACAACUUCAAUGCGACGCUGCGGGAGGUGACAGCGCAUUACCGCACCUCGCCCUUCUUUUCCGUCUACGUCAGUGCUGACUCCAAAAACUCCAACAGCAACGUCAUCCAGGUGGAUCAGUCAGGGUUAGGCCUACCAUCACGGGAUUACUACUUGAACAAGACGGAGAAUGAGAAAGUGCUUGCCGGGUACCUGAACUACAUGGUGCAGCUGGGGAUGUUCCUGGGAGGCACUGAUGAGGAGUUGACACGGCAACAGAUGCAGCAGAUCUUGGACUUUGAGACGGCGUUGGCCAACAUCACCAUCCCGCAGGAGAAGCACCGGGACGAGGAGGUCAUUUACCAUAAAAUGACGGCUGGAGACCUGAAGGAGCUGGCGCCGGCUGUGGACUGGAUGCCCUUCCUCUCCACAGUCUUCUAUCCUGUGGAGCUCAAUGAGUCAGAGCCCGUCGUGGUCUAUGCCAAGGAGUACCUGGAACAGGUCUCCGACCUCAUCCUGGCCACUGAUAAAUGUCUCCUCAACAACUACAUGAUCUGGAACCUGGUGCGGAAAACCAGCCCCUUCCUUGACCAGCGCUUUCAGGAUGCUGAGGAGAAAUUCAUGGAAGUGAUGUAUGGGACUAAGAAGACCUGCCUCCCACGCUGGAAAUUUUGCAUCAGUGACACAGACAACAACCUGGGCUUCGCCCUGGGGGCCAUGUUUGUCAAGGCGACCUUUGCUGAGGACAGCAAGCAGGUGGCAGAGGAAAUGAUCGCGGAGAUUAAAACAGCCUUCGAGGAAAGCCUGGAGACCCUGCAGUGGAUGGAUGAAGAGACCAGGAAAUCGGCCAAAGAGAAGGCAGAUGCCAUCUACAACAUGAUCGGCUACCCCAAGUUCAUCAUGGACCCCAAGGAGCUGGAUAAAGUCUUUAAUGAUUACGAGGCUGUGUCUGACCUCUACUUUGAGAAUGUCAUGCAGUUUUACAACUUCUCGGCCAGGGUCACCGCCGACCAGCUUCGGAAACCGCCGAACCGGGACCAGUGGAGCAUGACACCUCCAACGGUCAAUGCGUACUACUCUCCCACCAAGAACGAAAUAGUCUUCCCUGCUGGCAUCCUUCAGGCCCCUUUUUACACCCGUGCAUCUCCCAAGUCACUGAAUUUUGGUGGGAUUGGUGUGGUGGUGGGCCAUGAGUUGACACAUGCCUUCGAUGACCAAGGCCGGGAAUAUGACAAGGAUGGCAACCUGCGUCCCUGGUGGAAGAACUCCUCGGUGGAGGCCUUCAAGCAUCAGACAGCGUGCAUGGUGGAGCAGUAUGGCAACUACACUGUCAAUGGUGAGGCCGUCAACGGCAAGCACACCCUUGGGGAGAACAUCGCUGACAACGGGGGUCUCAAGGCUGCCUACCGGGCAUAUCAAAACUGGCUGAAAAAGAAUGGGGAUGAGGAAACCCUCCCAACCCUCGGCCUCACCAACCACCAGCUCUUCUUUGUUGGCUUCGCCCAGGUGUGGUGUUCGGUUCGCACGCCGGAGAGCUCACAUGAGGGACUCAUCACUGACCCCCACAGCCCCUCGCGUUUCCGUGUCAUCGGCACAGUCUCCAACUCCCGGGAGUUUGCAGAGCAUUUUGGCUGCCCCCUUGGCUCCCCCAUGAAUCCCCCCAAGAAGUGUGAAGUCUGGUGAUGGGGGCGAUGGAAACCAGCUGCUGGUUGCUUCAUACUCUGCUGCUGGCUGAAUUUCCCCGCUCCUUUUGAGAGGCUCAAACCACUUCUCCACGCAACAGACUGCCCAGCUCUCAGCUGUAGUGGUGCCCCGUGUUGCUGAUAUUGUCCGAGGUUCGAUCCACUGUGAAAACUCCUCAUCCCCUCGCUCAUUUGUGAAAUGACUUUGAUUUGGGGGUCUCUUGUUUCCCACUGUGACCGAGCCACGCGUCGAGGCACGUAUGUCUGUGGGCACUACCCCGUAUCUACACACGCAGUGCUCCAGCCUGACCCACCGCCCUGGCAAAAGCUUCUUCAGAGGUGAUAAAGGGAACGCUGUGGUGCUGGUGGGUUUGGCUGUGUGUGUAAAUACACCCAACGUACCUUCCUCUCUCCAAAGAUGCGCACAUGAGGAUGAAAAAUAUUUGAAGAUAUAUUUUUUUUGGGCAGGGGGGGAAAUAUAUAUAUUU